AUGAUAUUUGAAAAAUACAUUUUAUAUAUAAAAUAUAGAAGUAUAUUGGCAUUUUCAUAUAUAGACCCUCAAACCAAUCAUAACUACCUUCUCCUCUUCCCCUCUCUCCCUCCCUACUCCUCGCACCCUACCCUUCACAUCAUGUCGACCUCUCAUUGUAGAUUUUAUGAAAAUAAAUACCCAGAAGUUGAUGACAUUGUUAUGGUCAAUGUUCAACAAAUCGCUGAAAUGGGUGCAUAUGUCAAAUUAUUAGAAUAUGAUAACAUCGAAGGUAUGAUCUUAUUAUCAGAAUUGUCUCGUAGACGUAUAAGGUCCAUUCAAAAAUUGAUUCGUGUCGGUAAAAAUGAUGUCGUCGUGGUCCUAAGAGUCGACAAGGAAAAAGGUUACAUUGAUUUAUCCAAACGUCGUGUUUCAUCAGAAGAUAUCAUCAAAUGUGAAGAAAAAUUCCAAAAAUCUAAAACCGUCCAUUCCAUCUUGAGAUUCUGUGCUGAAAAAUUCCAAAUUCCUUUAGAAGAAUUGUACAAGACUAUUGCUUGGCCAUUAAGUCGAAGAUUCGGCCAUGCUUAUGAAGCUUUCAAAUUAUCCAUCAUCGAUGAAACUGUUUGGGAAGGUAUUGAACCUCCUUCCAAAGAUGUUUUUGAAGAAUUGAAAACUUAUAUCUCCAAGAGAUUGACCCCACAAGCUGUUAAGAUUAGAGCCGAUGUAGAAGUCUCUUGUUUCAGUUAUGAAGGUAUCGAUGCUAUUAAAUCAGCUUUGAAGGCCGCUGAAGCUCUAUCAACAGAACAAAUGCAAAUCAAAGUCAAAUUGGUGGCUGCUCCAUUAUACGUUGUUACAACUCAAGCCUUGGAUAAAACCUUGGGUAUUGAAUUAUUAGAACAAGCUAUUCAAAAGAUUACUGAAGUCAUUACUAAGAACGGUGGUAUUUGUAACGUCACUAUGCCUCCAAAGGCUGUCACUGCUACUGAAGAUGCUGAAUUGCAAGCUCUAUUGGAAAGUAAAGAAUUAGAAAACAGAUCGGACAGUGAAGAUGAUGACGAUGAUGAUGAUGACGAUGCCGAUUAUGAAUAA